CCAGUCAGCUGACAGCGCUUCGGGAGGAAGGAAGGACAGGCAGACAUCUUGAUUCGAAAGGGAGGGUUGUGUGUGGUCAAGUGAACGUACACACGAAGGGACACUAAAUACCGCAACUCGGGAGGAAGAAGUGACUUCGUAGGAGGGAACGUAUUGCGAGGUGUCUGGGAUCACCAUGGUCUGUGACGACUGAGACUGCGCCGCCAUGAUCGGAGGACUGUUUAUCUACAACCACAAGGGGGAGGUGCUGAUCUCCCGGGUGUACCGCGAUGACAUAGGGCGCAACGCGGUGGACGCGUUCCGCGUGAACGUGAUCCACGCCCGGCAGCAGGUGCGCUCGCCCGUCACCAACAUCGCCCGCACCAGCUUCUUCCACGUCAAGCGCUCCAACAUCUGGCUGGCGGCCGUCACCAAGCAGAACGUCAACGCCGCCAUGGUCUUCGAGUUCCUCUACAAGAUGUGCGACGUGAUGGCGGCCUACUUCGGCAAGAUCAGCGAGGAGAACAUCAAGAACAACUUUGUGCUCAUCUACGAGCUGCUGGACGAGAUCCUGGACUUUGGGUACCCCCAGAACUCCGAGACGGGGGCUCUGAAGACCUUCAUCACCCAGCAGGGCAUCAAGAGCCAGCACCAGACGAAGGAGGAGCAGUCGCAGAUCACCAGUCAGGUGACCGGGCAGAUCGGCUGGCGCCGCGAGGGCAUCAAGUACCGGCGGAACGAGCUCUUCCUGGACGUGCUGGAAAGCGUCAACCUGCUCAUGUCCCCGCAAGGGCAGGUGCUGAGCGCCCACGUCUCUGGCCGGGUGGUGAUGAAGAGCUACCUGAGCGGGAUGCCCGAGUGCAAGUUCGGCAUGAACGACAAGAUCGUCAUCGACAAGCAGGGGAAGGGCGGAGCUGUGGACGAGGCGGGGAAGAGUGAUUUGGGGGGAAGCAGUGGGAAGCAGUCCAUAGCAAUCGACGACUGCACCUUCCACCAGUGCGUGCGCCUCAGCAAGUUCGACUCUGAGCGAAGCAUCAGCUUCAUCCCCCCCGACGGGGAGUACGAGCUCAUGAGAUACCGCACCACUAAGGACAUCAUCCUGCCCUUCCGGGUCAUUCCGCUGGUGAGGGAGGUCGGCCGCACCAAGCUGGAGGUCAAAGUGGUCAUCAAGUCCAACUUCAAGCCGUCACUGCUGGCACAGAAGAUCGAGGUGCGUAUCCCAACGCCCCUCAACACCAGUGGUGUGCAGGUGAUCUGUAUGAAGGGCAAAGCGAAGUACAAGGCCAGCGAGAACGCCAUCGUGUGGAAGAUUAAGCGGAUGGCCGGGAUGAAGGAGUCCCAGAUCAGCGCCGAGAUCGAGCUGCUCCCCACCAACGACAAGAAGAAGUGGGCGCGCCCCCCCAUCUCUAUGAACUUUGAGGUGCCCUUUGCUCCCUCGGGCCUCAAGGUGCGCUACCUGAAGGUCUUCGAGCCCAAGCUGAACUACAGCGACCACGACGUCAUCAAGUGGGUGCGCUACAUCGGGCGGAGCGGCAUCUACGAGACGCGCUGCUAACGGACCCCACCCUGCCGCGGCGCGCGGCUGGCUGGCGGGCGGGCAGGCGGGCGGGGGGGGGCAGGCAGGCGGGCGGGGAGGGGGGGGGCGAGGAGGGGGGGCGUGUUCAGGAACGAGGGAGAGAAAAUGAAAAACAGGCCACCGUCCCUCAGACUUCAGCUUUCCCUCCCGCUUGCUGCCUCCCUCCCUCCCUCCAUCCUUCCAGCCAUCCAUCCUCUCUUUCACGCUCCCUUCCUCUCAUUGCUCUCCUCACAGGCCCGAGGGAGGAGUUACGGAGAAACGCAAAAAUAAAUGAGAAUGUGUGUAAAAGCCCUGAGAAAAGUAACAUUUUUAUCCACAUAUCAGAGUGCAGUGCAGUCCUGUGGAGGACAGAAGGUAGAAAGCCGAAAUCGUCUCUUCCACACUCGCACACACAGGCCGUCGUUGUUUCAUUUUUAAUAUUUUAUCUUGGGUCAGUAUUAACCCCCCCCUCUUCACACCCUCUUUCCUAAUGGACUGUAGCACCCUGUCUCCCCCGGCAACCACUGCCCCUCUGCCCCGCCCCUCCUGCCUUUACCGUGUAAUAUGAUUGGCUGUUAAGAGAUCACUUGCCGGGGGGGGGGUUGUGAGCUCCGCCAUUUCAUUGGUCACUUUCCACCCGCAAGUCAGGGACAGAAGUGCAUCUCUUCUCUCCUUCCUCUGGCUGUCUGUCCAUUCUUUUUCUCCUCCCAUUUUCCGUUCCUCCCAUUAUUGGUCUGAUGAAUUCCCUGCAGCAUACGGUGAAUUUUUUAUUUUCUUCAUCUCAACGCUUCAGCUUAUUUUUGUGUCCAAACUGUUGAAGCGUGAAGCAGCUGUAAAGGCGGAGAAGAGGCUUGUGGGCGGGGCUAGGGGGAGGAGGGCGGGGCUGUGGGGGGAGCAGGGACCCAACCAGAUCAUUACCUCACCCUCAGCUGCUUCUGUAAUAUUUGCUGUAUAAGCGCUUUUUUUCUGUUUCGAUGACAUCACGCAGAUGUCACACUGCGGCACUUUUUUUUUUCUUUUUUUCUUUUCUUUUUUUAAACUGCAAACGUUGCUGACGUGAAGAGAGAGGGGCAUUAUGGGGAGAAGAGUUGUAGCUGGGUCCUGCACUCUCUGGGGUUGUGAUCGCACAGUCAGAUCUGUCAUCUGGUCUAGAAUCCGUCCUACUCAGUAUAUGCCUGCCCCACCCUGCCCUGUCCUGCCCCCCCCCAGUCUGCCAGGGCGUUGCACACUACCAGGCACUCUGAGGCGUUACUCGCUGGAGACCUGCCCCCCCCCGGCUUUGGUGUUCAGUCUCCAUAUGGAAACUUCUGGUCUUUGUCCACUGAAUACUAAUAAAAUCACAUGGUAGAGUC